AUGUCACUCGACCACAACACCACGGACCACGAAGCCGCUGCGAUGGACGUUGCAAAAGAAAUCGCUCAGGAACGCAUGAGCAACCACGUCCGGAUGAACCAAGAGGACCACCCCAAUCUGAGGUACUCUGUCCACCCAGACGAGCCGGACCACUCCAAACCAUCGUCGCAGAGAACGCUAUCCGCAAAAGAGGAGCGGGAAGCCAAGGACGGGGUCCCAACCACGGAACCUCAGCGCAAAGUCUCCCUGUAA